AGAAGGAGAGAUGGAGGCGCGCCGUGCUGGUGCGCGCCCAUCCAGCUCCAAUAUCAGCUACCUGUUCUUGUCACUCCGCUAGUCAGCCGCCGCUCGCCGCCGAGGUCAGGAUGGCCAGUUUGAAGAAGCCCGAGCUCUUUUUCCCGGGUGCAAAUUGACUCGCACCCAUGUGCGCAAACCGGGACUUAAUUGACUGAAACUGCAUUUUUUUUUUGCGGGGGGGAGGACCGAUGAACUCUAUGAGGGAUCCAUUAAACCCAAACCCCCACUUGCACCAUCAUCAUCAUCAUCAUCAUCAUCCACAGACGCACACGCACACGCACACCGGGACAAAAGUCGCCUCCGCGCCGGCCAUGGCGUCCGGUUUGCAGCCGCUGACGCGCGCGGUGGACUCCGGCAAGCACCGCAUGGAGGUGCACACAGUCUCGGACACUUCUAGUCCAGAAACUGUGGAGAAAGAAAAGACCCAAAGCAAGAACGACGACUCGUCGGACGACCCGUCCAAGAAGAAGCGUCAGCGGCGCCAGAGGACGCACUUCACCAGCCAGCAGCUGCAGGAGCUGGAGGCCACCUUCCAGAGGAACCGCUACCCGGACAUGAGCACCCGGGAGGAGAUAGCCGUGUGGACCAACCUCACCGAGGCUCGGGUUCGAGUGUGGUUCAAGAACCGGCGCGCCAAGUGGAGGAAGCGGGAGAGGAACCAGCAGGCCGAGCUGUGCAAGAACGGCUUCGGGCCGCAGUUCAACGGACUCAUGCAGCCCUACGACGACAUGUACCCGGGCUACACCUACAACAACUGGGCCGCCAAGGGGCUGACGUCGGCCUCGCUGUCCACCAAGAGCUUCCCCUUCUUCAACUCCAUGAACGUCAACCCGCUGUCGUCGCAGGCCAUGUUCUCACCGCCCAACUCCAUCUCCUCCAUGACGUCCGGCAUGGUGCCGACGGGCGUGACGGGCGUGCCGGGCUCCAGCCUCAACGGCCUCAACAACUUGAACAACCUCAGCAACCAGGCGCUCAACUCCGGGGUGCCCACGCCGACCUGCCCCUACGCGCCGCCCACGCCGCCCUACGUGUACCGGGACACUUGCAACUCCAGCCUGGCCAGCCUGAGACUGAAGGCCAAGCAGCACUCGAGCUUUGGAUACGCCAGCGUGCAGAACCCGGCCACGAACCUGAGCGCGUGUCAGUACGCCGUGGACAGGCCGGUGUGAGGGCGUCCACGCCCGCGGCCCCGAGUGAGACACCCGCCCGGGCCCCCUGGCGCGCAGCAGGGCCGGCGGAUCAGUUCGGCGUCAUUUGGGUGUCAUUUUUUUUUUGGAAGGGGAUGAACAUUAUUGUGACUCUUCCCUCCCACGCAGCGCACAACCGAAUCCAUUCAUUCUAUUCUGAGUGAUCCCACGGCUUCUUGUGGGGGGGCGGGGGGGGGGGGUUAUUUUGAAGUCGGCCACAGGAACAAGAGACUACUAUAUUAUUAUUUACUUUUUUCUUUCUUUUUCAAAAAGGGCACUAAAAACUGAACCACUGAAAAUAAUAUUUUAAGUUUUAUUCCAGGAUUUUUAUUUUUUAUUUUUUUUUGUCACCCUGAGGAUUUUAGUAUGGAAGCCCGUUUCCAACGCGAAAUAAAAAAAUACCCAAAUGGUAAUAAUUUUGUCAUUAAAAAAAAUCGAAAUUAUGGAAUAAAAAGUCAUAAUUAUGAGGUCAAGUCAAAAUGAUGAGAUUAAAAGGUCGAAAUUCUGAGGUUAAAAAUCAUGAUUAAGAGAUCCAAGUUACAAUUAUGAGAAAAAAGUGAAAAUUAUGAGAUAAAUGUGGCGAUUAUGAGAUGAAGUCAAACUUAGAUGGAUUAGAUUAGAUUAGAUAGUACUUUAUUUAUUCCGUCAGGAGAGUUCCUUCAGGAAAAUUACCAUUUUCAGCACAAUCCCAUUCAAGAUCAGACAAACAUUACAGGGAGACAGAACAGGAUCGCUGACGGGUCUGCCGGCUUCCAGCGCCCCUUACAAAAAAGAUGACAUACAGGUAAACAGCGGGGGGGAUGGGAGAAAAGAAUAGAAGAUUAAACUAAAAUAAAAAAAAUCAAAAAUAAAAAUAAUAAAAAAAAUCGGUCUUAGCCUGGGCCGACUUAUGAGAGAACAAAUAAUUAUGAGAUGAAAAUGUCAAAAAUGAUGACACAAAAAGUCAUAAAUAUGAUUAAAAAGUCAAAAGAAUGAUAUAAAGAUUACAAUUAUGAUAUUAAGUCAAAAUUAUGAGAUAACGAGUAAUUAUGAGGUUAAAAGUCAUUAUUAUGAUACAAAAGUCAAAAUUAUGCGAUAAAAGACCAACAUAAUGAGAUAAAUGUAACAAUUAUCAGAUAAAGUCACAAUUCUGAAAUAAGUAAUUGAGAUAAUGUCAAAAAAUAUGAGAUAAAAAGUCAUAAUUAUGAUAUAGCAGUCAACAUUUUGACAUAAAAGGUCAAAAUAAUGAGAUAAAAGUAACAAUUAUGAGUCAUCUUCGCACAAUGAGGAGUGAAAAAGCUGGAAGUUUGUAUCGCAUCAUUUGGACUUUUUAUAUCACAAAUAGGACUUUUUAAACUUACAAUCAUACACUUUUCCUUUUUUUGGACUAUCUCAAAACUUUGACUUUUCAAUCUCCAAAUUCUGAUUUACCAUUGUAGCAUUUUUUAAAUAUUUUUUGUAGUUUUUUGUCUGAAACGGGCUUCCAUAUUUGAGGCUUCUUCAACUCUUGUAAAUAUCCCAAGUAUAUAUCAUCUGCUGCCUCCCAAUGUUCGCCCCGGUUCGACUUAUUCACGCAUGUGAGAAAAGGGGCUCAUCAACCAGCCAGAAGAAAAAUAACAACAAUAAUAAGGAAUCAUGUUUUGCUUGCAAUCCAAAAAAAAAAAAAAAAAAAAAAAAAAGGGAAUGUAAAUACUAAAACGCACCGCAGUCGUGUGUUUCUAACAUAAUAUAAAAUGAUUAUUAUUAUUAAUGUCUGUGUGAAUAUCGAUUUAGAAUAGCACUCCUAGAUUAAAAAAAAAAUGCAUUAAAAUGUUCCUGCAAA